GGCAGCUUGGAUGGUGGCCUUCGCACACCGUGGAUUUGGUUCGUGGUUCGAAUUCCUAAGUUGGGUGAGCUAGAUCCUGUAAGAUUGUGUUUGGGUGACUUCAUCAUAGCUCAAGAAAUGCAGGCAACUUAGAUGAUGGCCUCCGCUUACAGUGGAUUUGAUGCCAAGAUUUUUCCCUGACUCCUGAGCUGUGUGAAUUAGCUCAGAUGAGGUUGUGCUUGGUUGGCUUCAUCACAGCUUAAGAAAUGCAGGCAGCUUAGAUGGCGGCCUUGGCUCAGUGCUCACUUUGCAUUUGUUGCUUAGAUCUUUUCCUGGUUCUAACGCCUAAAUUGGGUGAACAGGACCUGUUUCUCUUUGGUGACAGAUUAGGCCCAGUCAGUAUUUCAAACCUGACCACGUAAUCCAAUAAAACUUUCCUGGAAUGUGGAAUAGCGUUGAAUUGGAGCACAACAACAUUGCCUCUUUUGCAGUAGAAUCUGACUCUGUGCAGCCACAAAUUCCACCUUGGAGUUUGGAGAUGAAAAGUGUUCUUUUGGACCUUCUGGGUACUGUGCCGCAGUCUACUUCACUCACUAUCUGAUCAUUUCUGCAUAUCCUUAAAAAGCUGCCAAAGAAUUUUCUCAAUUUGCUAAAGGAUGCUUCAGAAUCGACCUGAAUUCUGACCAUCAAUGCAGCAAGUUCUAAAAUUAAUACAACACAUUCAAUCUGCUAAUGAAAACCAAGACAAUCUUUGCUGAUGAUGGUCAGCAGUGUCUUCGUUGGCUCUAGAGUCCAACUGAGGAAUGAGCAAGGACAUUCCUCACUCCCACGGAACUGGUCUUGAUAUUUUUCCGCAAGAAAAUAAGUCUGCAUUCUCUGGUUAAUCUGCAAUACCACAUAUUCCAAGGAUGUUUGAGAGGAAGGAGGGUUUGUUUAUUUUGUUUCGUUGGACUGAACUACCACUGGGACUUGAGAAAAUCAAUGUCACAAUUUAAGACAAAGAAGAAGAGUGAAAUGUCAACGAAGGUUCCAUAAUCCGUCAUAGCAAUUUACCAUUUCUUUUGUGCAACGCCUUGAACCUGAGUUGGACCAGUGGAGAAGAGCAGAAGAAAAAAGGCGCUCUUUAUUUUAUUUGAUUCUAACUUUUCCCGCGGACCCUCACGUACAUAAACACACAGAUUUUGGCCUCCGAGAUUGCUGUCUUUGACUCUGUGGGAAUUGUUUCCCGUGGACCCUGACGUACAUAAACACACAGAUUUUGGCCUACGAGAUUGCUGUCUUUGACUAUGAAGAAGGGAUUGAUCAUCAUACAUGGCUGUGAUUUAUGACAAUUGGGAAAGGCUAGUUAGAGCUACUCUGAACGGGGAGGAGCUCCGGCUCAUUGCUCUGAGAACCCCUAGUGAAGUUUCCUCAGUAUCACUAUUAUCAGCAUCUCCAUCCUUUAAUUUGAGUUCUCAGAUCGGCCAAGUUUCAUCUUUAAAUUUCAGGAGCUUAUCAGUUGGGGAUUCAUUUACGUAUUGUCAAAUUCUUCAAGCUACAGAUUUCUUGAGCGACUCCAAUCUCAUCAAGCACGGCCACUCCGGGGAUCUCUAUUACGGUGUUCUCGAAAGUGGGGCUGAAGUGGUAGUUAAGAAACUUCAUCUGUCGCCCGUAGACACAGAAUUUUAUUUAAUAUCAGAAUUGGAAAUUUGUGGGAUGAUUUAUCAUUCCAGACUGAUCCCUUUUCUGGGAUAUUGCUUCGAGAGUAGAAACAAAAAAUUUCUAGUUUACAAGUACAUGCCUAAUAAGGACUUGUCCAAUUUUUUGCAUAGAGAAAGUGUCUCGGGUAGUGAUGAGGGUUAUAGCAGAGUACCACCGUUAGAUUGGAUAACAAGGUUGAAGAUUGCAACUGAAGCUGCAGAGGGUUUAUAUAUCUACAUCAUGAAUGUUUUCCACCCCUUGUUCAUAGAGAUAUUCGAGCUAGCAGCUUUCUGCUUGAUGCCGACUUUCAAGUGCAUUUGGGGAGCCUUGCUGAGGUUUGUUUUGAAGAAAAGGACAGCAAUCAGAACAGGAUUGCAAGGUUGCUGCGGUUGCCAAAGGGUUAUGAACAAAGCAAUUCUGGUACAUCUAAUGCAACAUGUGCCUACGAUGUAUAUUGCUUUGGAAAGGUUUUACUUGAACUAAUCACAGGAGAGUUGGGCAUCAGUGAUGCCAAUGACUCAAUUAUGAAGGCUUGGAUGGAAAACACCCUGCGUUACAUUAAUCCAGACAACAAGAAACUCAUUGUAAACAUUGCAGACCCAACUUUAAUCACACAUGAUUUGAUGGAAGUAUGGGCAGUUGCUUUUGUUGCCAAGGCCUGUCUCAGAGCCACACCAUCUAAGCGGCCCCAAAUGGAAGAAGUACUUGAGGCUUUACAAGGUACCAAAUCAGCUACCUUCACUGUCAAAAACCUUCAGCGUGCUGGUCAUCCCAAUUCACUUGGCCCAGCUCUUACAAGGCCAGAAAUUACUAAGGGAUCUAAAGUACUAGGAUGGACAACGCCGUCCAACCACAUUACCUCUUCAUGCGGCAGCUCCAGUUCAGGUAACCAUGAGUUCUCGGAUGCUAAUGGCACUGAAAAGGUUAAGCCAAAUGGAGAGAUAUUGGACAGCCCCAGUUUAUGUGCUUUUACUUAUUUGGAACUCAAGAUUGCUACCAGAAAUUUCAGAACUGACACCUUGCUGGGAGAGGGUGAAUUUGGGAGAGUGCACAAAGGUUUGCUUCAUUAUAAGUCAACCGCAAAGAGUGGCACUCAAUCACUAAUUGCUGUUAAAAGAUUUUACAAUGACACUGUGCUAGGACUUAAAGACUGGCAGGCUGAGCUAAACAUACUUGGAAGGCUUUCUCAUCCUAACCUUGUUAAGCUCCUUGGCUACUGUUGGGGGAAUGAAAAGCCACUACUUAUCUAUGAAUAUAUGCAAAGAGGCAGCUUGGACUCUCACCUUUUUACAUGGUACUCUGAUGUUCAGCCACUUCCAUGGGACAUAAGGCUUAAGAUUUUAAUUGGAGCAGCCCGAGGUCUGGCAUUCUUACAUGCACUAGAGAGAAAAGGUUCCUUUAACCAGAAGAACAUGGGAGAAGGUUUCUAUAGAUAUUUCAAGCCCUCAAAGAUUUUGCUUGAUGAUGCAUACAAUGCGAAGAUAUCAGGUUAUGGUGUGACUAGGAUAGAUCCUCCUGACAUCGACUAUGAAGCAGAUCCCAUCAAAUGUAACCCGGAAAGUUAUGUAUAUGCUGCUCCUGAGUAUUAUCCGACAGGGAUUUGCUUAUGCAGAGCGAUGUAUAUGGUUUUGGUGUUGUAUUGGUCCAAAUGCUGACAGGUAUAGGUGUGAAUCAUCCAAAGUUUACGAGAUCCAGGCUGCAUCAUUUCAUUUCGUCUCACUUAACUAACAGGAGAAUGUUGGAGAAUAUAAUUGAUAUCCGCUUAGAAGGCAAAUAUUCUUCAAAAGGUGCUGUAGAAAUGGCCCAGCUUGCUGUAAAAUGUCUUAUGUAUGAUCCCCUAUUGAGACCAUCAAUGGAACAAGUUGUGCAGUUACUAGAAAACAUUAAAUCUGCGAAUUGAAACCCAAAAGGCCUGAAGAUAAACUCCUCUGCAAGACAGUUUUGCACGUGGUCAGAAGCACUUGAUGAGUUGCAUCAUAGUUCUCCGCUUCAACAAAGGAAUGAAGGAUAUGUAUCCCAUGAUUCCCAUCCACUCCAUAAAAGUGCAUAGUAGCUGGACUUGCUUUCUUAAAGAAUAGCUCAUUCUUUAUCUGUUUUUUCUGUACACUUUGACCACUUCCAAUUUGUGUUCACCAAUCCCACCUUUUACAAGUAGUUAAGAGUUCAUUAUGUUGUUCUUCUAGCAGUACAAAUCAUAUGAGCAUAAUUGAUAUAGCUGAUCUUUCAUCAGAUCUUUUUUUUUUUGGUUAAAAUCAA